AUGCAUUUCUCGAAGACAUACUCCCAGCUCCUCCUCACCCUGCCCCCUGAGCUGCGGGACAGCGCGAUACAAUACAGACAGCUCAAGAAGAUCAUAAACCAGAUCGUUGCUGAGCUCACCGCGCUUGGUCUCUCCCCGGACGUCCUCCACAGCGUCGUGCAACCGCCUACUAGUACUACAAACGACAAGGGGAAACAGCGAGAAGGCUCUCCACCACCCGCUCAGUCCACAGGAGCCCGCGUCAUCUACGAAUUCGCAACUGUCGCCGACCAUGUCGAACCCCGCCUCCGCCUCUGUCUCGAGCCUGAUGAAUCCCUACCCUCGGGCGCCGCGGGGCCUUCAUCGCUACCACCCAAGUCCGAAACUACCAUAACUCUUCCAAUACCGGAAGACAUCCUCCGCAGUGCGUUAGGCUCGGGCGGUGGCUCCCAUGAACUCGCCGAUGGAGAGCUCAGAGCAGAUGGCACCAGCGCUCUACCCGCCGAGCUCAUUAUCCCCCUCGUUUCCGAUACCGCCUUCUUUCGUACCCUCACAGAAGCGCUCAAUUCCCUCGCAGCGUACCUCGUUACAAAGAGGGCGGAAUUCGAGUCAUCUCUCCGGUCCCUCUCGCAGGACAUUUCCUCCGCGUCUCGCCCACAAUCACACACUGCGGGCUUCCACCCACACUCCCGAUAUUCCUCCGACCCCGCUAAUAUUUCCAUCUCUUCUCAUACCCUUGCGCUCAACUCACGGUCGGACCUCGAUACAUGGCGACAAAUAUUCCAGUUGUACAUGGAGGCGGAUAUCUUCCAGGGACACCAGGAGCGCUUCAGAGGCGAACGGGAAGUUGAGGACGCGGAGGCGCGGUUACGCACGUUCCUGGCAGACCUCGAUGAACGAAUAUCGAAGGGUGCGCUCAAGCUUCGCAUGAAGCAGAGCCGCGUUGCGCUGAAGAGCUUCAUGGAGCUCAACAUGUUCAUUCUUGAUCUGCGGAAGUUCCAGAACGUCACCGCGGAAGCGACGCGAAAGAUCCUCAAGAAGCACGCGAAGCGUACCGCGCUUCCGCUCGCCCCAGACCUCGCGUCCCCCUUCGUCGUGCACCCGGAUAGCACGGACGGCGCGCUCGUGCUCUCGCGCGCGCACCCGGUGCGCACGAGCGAGACACUCACGCUCUCGCUGCUCCUCGUGCAGGCCCUAACGGAGACGCUGCUGCCGAUCAUCCCACACAUCGACGACUACUCGUGCGUAAUCUGCACGAGUCUCGCGUUCAAGCCGAUUCGCCUGCAUUGCAGCCAUCUGUUCUGCGUAAGGUGUCUGGUGAAGCUGCAGAAACGCGGCGAGGAGCACUGCCCGAUCUGUCGCGCGCCGACCGUGUUGUCCGCCAACCGAUCGAACGUGGACUGGGCGCUGCUCAACUUCAUGAAGGACUGGUUUCCGCUCGAGGCAAAGAAGAAGCUGCAGCAGAACGAGCGCGAGGCUGCGGAGGAGGAGAUGCAGGAGCUUGGCCUCGAUGUCAGGGGUUGCGUUGUGAUGUAGGUGGUAUGGCCAAUUCGCUGCCUUGCUUUCUUUAUUUUGGCUCUUCUUGUGUGAUAUU